AAUAAAUAAACUAACAAAUGAGCAGAAGGAAAGCAAGAAACAAAUAAGCAAAAAAGAAAAGGAAGAAAAGUGAGUUGCUGUAAGUGUGAGCAUAUUUGGGAUGUCUCAGAAUUGGCAAAGACUUCACUUUCUGUGAUGUCAAUCUGACUAAAAGGGGAAGUUUGCUGUGAGGCAAAAACCUGGGCUGUUGCUGUCCUCAGACCAGAAUUCUGCAUUUGGCCUGAAGCAAUUAUCUUCACACUCUGCCUGCAUCUCAGUUUUCUUGAAUCAGCAAACCACUCCGGAGUCAACUCGGAAACUACAAUGACAUCCAACAUCACUGCACAUCACUGCAAUGCGUCAACUCAUAAUUUGGUGGCGAACGUUCUUCCCCCCGUGCUGAUCAUCGAGCUGUUACUUGGUCUGCCUGGCAAUGUCAUGGCAUUGUGGAUUUUUUGCAGAAAUAUGCAGUCUUGGAGGGCUAACGUCACAUUCCUGUUCAACCUUAUUUUGUCUGACUUUCUGCUCCUCUUGAGCCUACCCUUCCGCAUUGACAACUUCAUACGUGGUGAAAUGUGGGUAUUCGGGGAUGCCUGGUGUCGGAUAAAUCUAUUCAUGCUGGCUGUCAACCGAUCAGCCAGCAUUGCCUUCAUGACUGCAGUGGCUUUCGACCGCUACUUUAAAGUGGUCCAUCCGCAUCACGUUAUCAAUCACAUGACCUCAAAACAAGCAGCCUGUGUUGCCUGCUUCAUCUGGGGCGUUGUGAUAGCCCUGAGGAGCCCAUUACUGGCCAACAACCUCCUAAUCACAGAGAAGAACAACUCUUUUUGCAGAAGUUUCAGUAAUUAUGAAAAUCCUUCACUAGGUAUCAAACUGCAUUAUGCUGUGUUUAGCUUUGAGUUUUUCGUGCCUCUGAUACUCCUGAUCUUUUGCUCCCUGCGUAUCGCCUGCAUCCUGCGUUCUCGACAGAUGGACAAAGACAAGAAGGGACAAAGAGCAAUUCGGACCGUCCUGGUUAUCGUUGGGGUUUUCAUCUUUUGUUUCUUUCCCAGCAUUGCCACAGGAUUGACUGCCCUUCGUUUAAAAGCACUUGGAAAUGAUUACUGCAACUCUUACAAUCUGACCUCUCAGUUGUUUGCUAUGUCCAUAGCAUUCACCUAUCUGAACAGCACACUGGAUCCGGUCAUCUAUUGCUUCUCCAGUUCUAUAUUUCGCAAUUAUUUGAAAAGAACUGUAAACCGGACUGGCUUCUUACAGUUACAGCUCAGCAGACGGGGCAGCAUGCAAAGUGGAAGCGACUAAGAGAUAGACUUGGAUUGGACAGGAGAGAUGUUGAAUAAGGAUUGAAUGCAGUGUAAAGAGAAUCGCUUUAUUUGUUUGGGCUAUUUUGACUGGUGCAACAUACAGUAGCUACACUGAUUCCAUCAAUGUUGUAAGUGUGGGGUGGUUCUACUUGUUUGGACCAAGUCAACACGAAACAUAUAUGAGUUAUGUUUGCAAUUUGGUGAUGCUAGUGGUGGACCCACACAUAUUCUUUUGUAUUGCAUGUACUACAGCAUUUUGUAUAACACACAGUUAAUGAAUAUGAUGAAAGCUUAAUAAAUAAAAUAAUUUUAUAUUAGAA